AUGCAAUCUCUAUCCAUUCUCCCAAUUCCUCACACGUUCCACCAUUAUGAUGACGAACAAGGAGAAUUCAGUUUCGCAUGCACUAAUCCCCAAGGAACUCUUAUCUUUGCUGAUGAGAUCUUUCACAAUGGCCAGAUCCGACCCUUCUUCCCUGCUUUCCUUCAUAACAGCGACGCCGUUUCACCUCUUCCACCGUCGCUGAAGAAGCUCUUCAUUGAGAAGCGAAAUAGUUUUCCCUCGAAAUUAAAGGAUGGAAAAACGUCGUUGUCGACGACGUUGGAGGUGGUAGAGCUGGUUGCGGCUUCCAACAACGAGAGGUGUAAGAAGAGCAACUCCACGGGAUUCUCAAAGCAGUUGAGAUUCCGGCGAGAGUUGAACCCGCGAAGCAACAGCACUGACAGCAAGAACGUUUUCGUUUUCUUGAAUCCUCCGGCACCGGAGCCAUUGAGGUUCGAUGUCGACGAGGCUAAUAAUAAUGAUAAAAAGAAGGGUCGUGGGAAGAUUGGCGGCAAAACGGUGUCGUCGUCGUCGUCUCACGAGAAGCAUUACUUGAAGAAUAGAAUGAGGAAUGAGAGCAUUAAAAGGAGAUCAUUCUUGCCUUACAGGGUUGGAUUCUUAGCCAACAUGAAUGCAUUCAACAGGAAAAUUCAUCCAUUUUAG